UACGAUAGAGUAAGGUUUGAUAUCUUAAUGCCUUGCCUUCUACUGUUCGGAUUGUGCCAACCGUCAGGAGGAGCAUCUGGCAUACCGGAAAAGAGGGUCUAUAAUACCUCCUCGAUGUAUAGAGAUAGGGAGUGGGCGCUUGAUUGGGUGGGGGGCCUGCACGAGGCGGGAUGUGGGGCCGCUAUGUUCCUGAAGAACGCCGCGGCCGACGAAUGGUUCUGUCUUGGAGGGAUCAUAAAAUCCGAGGAUGAGAGGGCGGACGGGCACAGACGGAAGUUCAGGAGGUUCUUCCUCACGACAGUGUUUGACGAACACGGAGUGGACCACGCUAAGGUUGACCAUAAAGUUAGCCUUGACUACAAUUUAUUCAAGGGGUAUGGAGCUAAGGCGAUUACCAUGCGAGCGUUCGAUGUAUCCCCGAAGGAAGACGGGAGCGCGUUGACGAUGCUUGACCCCGUGAAAUUCCUCGCCAAAACAAACGGGUACAAGCGAUCCGGAAACAGUCCCAUCGUACAGGCCGGGCAUCGAAUGUCUUCGACGCUCGUGCCUUUUGACACGCCGGAUGAGGAUCUCCUGGAUAUAGCGAAGAGAGUGAGACAGAGUUCGGCAGAUUGUUUUCUAACGCAACAGACCUCAGGUGGUGGGAGUCUGCGUCGAAAAAAACAGAGCCAGCCGCGUCGUCACACCGAGGAAGGGGCGCGAGGUCCUUCUGUCGAAUCGGCCCGCUUGAAGGAGUGUGCAGGACCGUCUCGGCAGUCCGCCCAGCAACGCGGAGGCACCCCUGUCGUCAAAUCCUCAAGGAAGGGAUCGGCGGGUCGUCGGGCUCCUGAUCGCCAGGAGGGCGAUGGAGGUGCAUCCAGGAGGGCAGCCCUGCGGGAGAGGAGCGAGGGAUCAGACGAAGAAACGGAGGACGAUUCCAGGAUUCAUGUCGAGCGGAACGCGCAGGGUAAUCUUGCCGUCGACGAUAAGCAAUGUGGGGGAGUCUCGAAGUUCGAUGGGGGCGACUAUGGGGAUGGUGGGGAGAACGAUGAAGACUGCCUUGCCGAUGAUGAGGAUGGAGGGGAGGAAGGGUCCGAUGAUAUGGAGGUCGAUGAGGGAGCAGGAGAUCGGUUGGAGGGCAGUGUGCAGAAAAGGAAGCGGCGAUCUUCAACAAGUCCGACGGGGGCGGCGGAUAAACGCGCUGCUAAGAGACUCACAGUCGAUGUAUCUCGAGAGGCACUAAGAGCUUCUCAAGUGGCGGCCGCUGAUAGCGUGAAGAACAGAAACGGGAAGGCGUCAACCAGAGCGAGAAAAGCGAAGAAACGUCCGAUGAAAAGAAAGCAGAUGGUCGACAAGGGUGACUCCGGAGAAGACGCCGAAGGGGUUGCUCCUAGGGCUCCGUCCGAACAGACAGAGCGUUCCUCUGACAAUCGAUCUGUCACAGUGGACACAACAAAGUGCUUCUUCUUGGAGUUCGAUGAAGAUGGCUACGCGAGGAAGGAUCGGGUACACAUUCAAGUGGAUAUAACGAAGAUCUUGCCAAUUCCGGAAGGUGACAUCCUCUACAACCACAGAGCGUUGGACGAAACGUUGGUGCAGUCCAUAUACGAUGCGAUCCAUAAUGCGGCCAAGGAAACCAAUGGCAAGUGGGAUUUCAUGACUUUCAUCCUGGCCCCCAUUGUGCCCAGUCGGGAUGGCUGUCAAGGCAAACGGAUCACACCACAGGAAUUUGACGUCGAGGAGGCGCAUACGUACCACUGGUAUGCUGUUGCCGGCCAGCACACGGCUGAGGCUACGAACAGACUCAUAGUGGACAAGUCACCGGCCGAGAAAAGAUACGGCUUGAGGUCAUAUUCUCACGUGCGUGUUGUCUACUUUGACGACAACACAAAGAGAGGAUAUUCRUAUGUCUCGGCAUUCGACAACACAAGGGAAGAACRUUCUGUCYCGYGAUCRUUUUCGUCGUCGGUGCGGCAAAUCAGAACUUAUUGGGAGAAGAGGUGUGGCYGCAUCCRUCSUCCAGGCACCGUGKCCCCGAAWRACGUGGAAGGAUUGAAACAAAAAAAGACGUGGGAAGAGUUCAUGAAUGCCGCCUGCAAAAUGACACCGGAUUCCAGUCUCGUGACGUCGUCCCUGGAGAACGAGUAUUGCAAGGACUGGACGAACAAGAUGCGGGGAUACAUGAAUCUUGCGCAGUGCGGCGAAACGGUGUGGCCAUUGGUGGAUAGAUUUUUUUAAAUGUACGAGGAAGGGCAGYUGCCAAGAGU